GCGGUCGGCGGAUCACCUUCUUCUGCAUCCGAGCGGCGAGAUUGCGCUCCGAUUAUGAUGUGAGCUACUGAAGGUGGAACCCUCAGGAACCGCGAGGUCCUCGCAAUGGAGGCGGGACCAAAGCAGCAGCAACAGUCCCAGCAGUCGUCGCCUCAAUCGCAGCAAUCGCAGCAAAGCUCACCUGGCAGCGCGAAUCAGGCAGCUGUCGGUUGCUCGACUCCGCAGGCUCAGCAAAAUGCGGAGGAGGCGCUCGCGGCGGCGGAGAACACCCCAGUCAACGAGGGGAUGCUCCUCGCGCGGAUCCACGUGCCCGAGCUCUACGUCAGCAAGUGUCUGCAAUUCCCGAAGGAUCAGCUGGUCUGGGACGUGAAGCAGCAAUGUCUGGCGUCCUUGCCCAAGGUGGCCACUUGGUACAGGGAGCUGAAGGAGAGCUUCAAUUACGGCCUCUUCUGUCCGCCGGUGAAUGGAAAAGCUGGAAAAUUCCUGGACGAGGAACGCCGCCUCGGCGAUUAUCCAUUCAAUGGACCUGUCGGAUACUUGGAGCUCAAAUACAAGAGGCGGGUGUACAAGAUGCUGCAUUUGGAUGAGAAACAGCUCAAGGCUAUGCAUACCAGGACGAAUUUGCGGAGGUUACUGGAUUAUGUGCAGAGCAGUCAGGUCGAGAAGAUCGCGAAGAUGUGCAGCAAGGGGCUGGAUCCUAAUUUCCACUGUCAGGAAACGGGAGAGACGCCGUUGACCUUGGCAACGACCUUGAAAAAACCAUCGAAGGUCAUAAUUGCGUUAGUCAAUGGUGGUGCUCUCCUGGAUUAUCGAACGAAAGAGGGUCUAACGGCGAUGCAUCGUGCCGUUGAACGAAACAGUCUGGAGGCCGUGAAAACGCUGUUGGAACUGGGUGCCAGCCCGAACUACAAGGAUACGAAAGGCUUGACACCGCUCUACUAUAGCGUCAUUCACAAGACCGAUCCGAUGCUCUGCGAGACGUUGCUUCACGACCACGCGACAAUAGGAGCGCAGGAUCUCCAGGGCUGGCAGGAAGUUCACCAGGCGUGUCGCAACAAUCUCGUACAACAUCUGGACCACCUGCUUUUCUACGGCGCUGACAUGAAUGCGCGCAACGCGUCCGGUAACACGCCGUUGCACGUGUGCGCGGUGAAUAACACGGACGCCUCGUGCAUACGUCAGCUACUCUUCAGGGGCGCGCAGAAGGACGCGCUCAACUAUGCGAACCAAACGCCGUACCAAGUCGCCGUGAUCGCUGGCAACAUGGAGCUCGCCGAAGUCAUCAAGAACUAUCAGCCGGAGGAAGUCGUACCCUUUAAAGGGCCGCCACGCUACAACCCGAAGCGGCGAUCGGUGGCCUUCGGUGGCACCUCCACGAUGAUGACGACGAGCUGCUCAGCGAGUAAUCUGGGCACCCUCACCAGGAUACCGUCCACCGAACAACACGCGGCAGCGGCGUCUAGCGCAGGCGGUGGUAGCGCUGGUGGUACUCUCACCAGAACCAUCUCGGUGGAACAGUACUCGAGUAUCACGCGGGUACCGUCCGCCGAGCAGUACGCUACCGCCGCGAGCCUGAAUCGAGUACCGUCCACGGAGCAACCACCGUACUCCCCGCCACCACUUUCGUCCGGCACCCUCGUCCGGGUCGCGUCCGAGGAGAAAUACGCGCCCCCGUCCGGCGUCGUGUUGAGCAGAGCUUCGUCCGGCGAACGAUACGACGCCACUCUGAUCAGAGUACCGUCCUCCGAGCAGUAUCCGACCGUUAGUACCCUGACCAGAGUACCGUCCACGGAGCAGUACCCGACCGUCGCGGCGGGCCUGACCAGAGUACCGUCCACGGAACAGUAUCCCUCCACCGGUGGGAUCACGAUCGUCGGUCAGUCGACCGAAUCGAUCCACCACGGAAGCCUCGGCAGAGUACCGUCCGUAGAGUCGAGCAGAAACGACUUACCGAACCGAAUACCGUCCGAACAGAACGGCCACCGACUGACGUCGGAGUACCAGAGUCCAAAUUCCUUGAGAGAUCCUAACGCGAGAUUGCCGAGCGCCGCGGAGAAUUAUACAAACUUGAGAAUGGAGGGUCUGACGAGGCUGCAAGAGCACCGGCUCGAGCUGCAGCACCGCCUCGAUAUGCACAGAACGCAGAUGGAGAUGCCGCCGUCGCCGUCGCCGAGCAGCAGGAGCUUAGCGCCUUUCAGCUCGGCCAGCUCGAGCUUAUCCGAAGGCAGCAAUCAACCGUCCGGCGAGGAUUCGGCCAGCAUCGUCACAGACAAGAGCCUCGGCGACACAGCGUCCGACGUGAUCAGCGACAGUUCCGGGGUAGGAACUUCGCAAUCCGACACGACCAAUUCAUUAUCCAUUCCCGGUACGACGGUGGUAUGCGUGGAGAGCUACAACAACGGGAUCACUGGCCAUCUGACUAUCAAUCAAGGAGACAUCCUUGAAGUCACCGGUGCCACCGAUUGCGGUCUUCUGGAAGGGGUCCUACGUGGACAAGGUACCGGCCUCUUCCCCGCGCAUUGCGUUCAGGAGGUCAGGCUGCGCCACACGAACAUACCUUUGGGUCCGCAGCCCGCCAGAGACGGACGGAAUCGGGUUCUAGGCCGUAGGGAGUCGCAGCACAAAUACUUUGCCACCGCGCCUAGAUUAAAGAAGCCCGUCACGUCAGAACCCCGCACUGUUGUUCUUCACCGCUCGAGGAAAGGUUUCGGCUUCGUGCUGCGCGGCGCCAAGGCCACCUCACCGUUGAUGGAGCUGACACCGUCUGCCAGGUAUCCGGCGUUACAGUACUUGGACGACGUCGACCAAGGAGGUGUGGCCGAUCUAGCGGGCCUCCGGAAAGGAGAUUUUCUCAUUCACAUUAACGGCGAGGACGUGACGACGGCCUCCCACGAACACGUAGUCGACUUGAUCAGGAAAUCGGGAGAGUUGGUGCGAAUGACAGUGGUUUCGCCGGUGAUUAGUCUUCCGAAUUCUCAAUCUGCGGCCGCGUUGCCAACUAGUCAACCUAUCCAGAGACAGUAUGCGACUUUACCGCGCAAGGGAAACAACAACGUGGUGAUCGGUGGUACGCUCGGCAGAUCCCCGGCUCCCGCACCACCACGAAGAGAUCCGAAGACCACAUUGAGCGUGGGUCGGGCGAGGGCGCGAUCGAUGGUCGCGGGAUUAGAAGGAGGCGGUGAAAGAGACGAUCGCGACGAAAUCGCGUCGACUGGCGCAAAAUCGAGCAGCGCGGAAUCGAUUCACAUGCCGCAGCAGCCUUCGACCGGAACAAACACCGGUCAGAACACCCCGGUGCAACCGAGAACGGCCAGCAUCCGAUCACGUCCGACGUCCAGCAGGAUCACCGCUGCGGAACUCGAAGAACUAUUUCAGCGGCAGCAGGGUAGCGCCAGUGGUCAGUACAGCUCGUCCAUGAUGAGCUCGUCUCACUUUCAGGCUACUGGUCAGUCAACCAAGUCGCAUCCGUCGUCGCCUGCCAAGGCCGUAGGCAGGGUGUACGCGAGCGUAGCGGAGAUGAAGCGCAAGGGCAAAUCGCAAUCGAGAGUGCGCUUCUUCGGCGGCUUGGGCGGAGGUUCCGAUCUUCACAGAGAUUUCCAUAGCACGCCGGAUCUCAACGUGCAGGUGCAGUCCUCGAACCUUCUAGCGCCAAGCCAUAGAAGCCAGGAGGACGUGAACGCAUUGAAUGGUAGAAACGGGCUUCCACCGCCAAAUCAUCCACCGCCACCUCCACCGGUCGGGCAAGUCGUCAAGGUGAAUGUCGGUGCCAACGUGCCGGACGUCGUCACUCCAGCCUCGGUUUACGACAACAUGGCGCACAUCCAACAAGUCAAAGAACUCGCGGCAGCCACGGUCGAAGGUGGUUACGGAGUGAUGUCGAGUUUCCGACCGUCAAACAGCGCGAAGCUGUACGCCUCGCCGGAGGACAUGAAGACCGUCGGUUAUCGUUCGCGCAGUCUACCGGCUAACCGCCCGCAUCUCAGGAAAUCUCACAGUCUGCGCAAUCCGCCGAGCAGCACGACGUUCAAGUCAACCGGCAGUCAGCAGGCGCUGAAUAAGAAUAUCGGCAAUAUGAAUAGUAACGGGAACGGUAAUAAUCAGUACGCGCAACCGCUGAAAACUACCAGGAGUAACAGCACGGUCGGUAUCCGCGAGCGGAAGAAGAAAACCAUCGUCUUGAACACCAGCUCGUCGGUCACGAAUCUCUCGUCGAUCGCUUCCGGCCCGAAUGGAACGAACGUGCCGCCCAGCUCGGCGCCACCGAUUCCCGAGCCAGAUUACAGCCUAUCGGAGUCGGAGAACGACGACGACGAGGGCGAGGACGACGAGACGGACGAGGACGGUGAGAUCGCGAAGGAGCUCGAGAAAGCGGCGGCGCGAGAGAAGCUAGAGGCGACGCGAGAAACAUCCGGCAACUCCAACACGUCCGGCUCGAGUUCGUCGGGCAGCGGCUCGCUGCCUCAUUCGUUCAGCGUUGAGGAGAUCCAGAAGGUGCGCACGCAGCUCAAGUCGUCCAAGAGCCAUCCGAACGACUUUCUCUUACAGACUCAGCAAUCGCUCGUCGAGGACGGCGACAACAGCUCGAGCGGUGUCAGCUCGGAUCAGGACGUACCGGUGGGUCCGCCGAUGGGUUUCGACGACACCGCCGCGCGGAAUUUAGCCAAUCAGGAGAACAAUCAGCAUUCGGGAGGUACGACUCUAUUAACUGGUGUCGGUUCGAUCGAGAAGGAGAUCAAUCAGACCAAACGACCCGGCUAUGGCGGUAGCGGAUUACUGACCAGGCACGCAGUCAGCCUGGCACAGCUGCCGCCGCCGAUCGAGGCGGAUGCUGAAGAACAGAACAACGAUCUGUUUGUGCCGCCGCCGCCGGAAUUCAACGCCGGCCCGUCCGCUGGAGGCCAAGACCAGGAGGUGGUGGUGUUUGCGCCACCGCCGCAAUUCUGCGAUAACAAACAGCAGCAGCAGCAGCAGAGCACUUCGCAGAAUCGUGUCAAGAUAAUCGGUGCGAUUCCCAAAGCCGGAAACCAGGUGAAGGCAUCGGGCGGAAGGGCGUUGCAGUAAAAGAAGAAACCACCGUAUAAAUUGCAGCACGGAUUGUCUUAUUCGCGCAUACGGAAGAGAGUUUGCAAACACAUAAUCGGUAGAUCGCGAUUUCAAAGUCAAUAUAUUUAGAGGUUUUUUCUGCCUUUUCGGUAGUGUAAUCGCCGCGUGACGAGCAUAUUCAAUUUGAACUACGUCGCUGAAAGGCGAUUCGCGCGGACGUGCUGUCGUAUAUAAAGCGUGGUCAGCUUGGACGUCUUUUUGCCAAGAGUAAAUUCGUAUUCUAAUCGAGCGUCUAGGAAUCGUAGGAUGUAACACGAGGAGAUAAUCGCGAGCGCAUUUUUAUUAAGUAAGAUUACGAGUGUGAGCGUACGUCCGAUUGCACCGCAAUGAAGGAUGAUUGGUUUGUCGCACACGAUCGAUCGAUAAUCGUCUGUCCUAUCUGCGAGCGAGAAUCAGAUAGAUUCGGAACCCAAUUUGUUAGAUCGUAGAGAGAACCCAGGUUGCAAGCGUACGUCAUUUUCACGUCAAAUAGCGUCAACUUGCCGCUUGGGAAAGAAAGACCUAAGAGGACAGAAAAAAUGCGAAAAUCCGCAUGUCGAAGAUAGAAAGAAAAAUGACCAAGAAAGAGAAAGAAAACAGGAGAUGCGUUUUUAAUGCGUGAAUGUGCGAUGCAUAUCGAUUUGUUUUUCAUGUUUCUAUCGAACUACGAGGUAUGUUUUAAUACUUUUACACACGACACUCUUUGUCUCUCCGAUUGCGGACAGCAAAGAAUAUUAAGGUAUCGAGACAAGUUUUUUGCGAAUCGCUCUUGAACCAAUUUUAUGCAAACUAUAUCGCGACAGUCUCGCUCACUCUCGAUCCACCGGUGAAGUUAUGAAAUGGCCCAUGAUGGAUCGAUAAUGCGCAAAUCACAUAAUUGAUUAGUUGUUAAUAUCGAAAACAUGCGCGGGUUUUUUUUCAUAGUUUCAACUAGCGUUUUUCUCUCAUGUUUAAGACACUGCUCAAACGCCUAAUCACAAAGUUCUACUCGCGAAGUCAUUAGAGAUUCUUACUAGUUUGUAAUUACAAAUGUUAUUAUUAUUAUUAAUAUUAGUAUUAUUAUUAUUAUAUUAUUAAUAUUAUAUAUUAGCAUGAUUAUAUUGUAAUCAUACGGCGACUACGGCGUUCCACUAAGCCCCUGUCGACAAAACGUAGUCGCAGAAGCACUAUACUUCGUUAUACUAUCGCACCAUCACUAUUCCAGCCUGUGUAAAGUAAAAACCCCGGUACUCCUUCCAUUCGUGUGAGAAGCUCCCUUGAGCCAGGAGACGUUUGAAUUUGUUUCUUUUAUUUUACAUAUCCGUGCGUUCUUGUCGAACGAGUUCGAGGAUCGAGAUCGCCGGUGAAAAAUCGCGAGCGGAAAACUGACGGAAUUCCACAAUUCUAACUCUCUCUCAACGACUGACUCGAACUCUCUCGCGCAAGUUCGUGAACUUGAAAUCCUCCAGCUCGCGAGUUAAUCGACCUCCAGAUGUACAUACGCGUUACGUCGACUCGCAACACUUUUUUUUUUGUUUUGUUCUUUGCUGAAGAUCUCUUCACGGCUCUCGGGGCGACAACAGUGUACUACAUAUUGUAUAUAUAUUAUAUUAUAUAUUGAGUAACGCGCGUUGUGUAUCCUCGAGUAAUUCUCUAUAAUUACAAGCGAUCAUCACAUUACGUUUCAUCGCAUUUUCGCUACGUUAGAUCAUAUCGAGCGAUCGAAGACCUUCUCUCCUUCCCCCUUUUUCUUCCUAGAUGGUCAUUUCUAUACGCCUUCGCAAAACCUGAGAGAUAAAAAGAGAGGAAAAGCAUUUCGUGCGAGCGCGCGUGAGUCGCCGCGUGGUUUUUUUUUUGGAAGAAGCUGAUAAUUAAAAAAAUCGUAUAUUUUCGAAUGUUCCUCCGAUAAUAUUUCAACUCGUCGUCGUCGUCUUUUGAUACAGCGCUAACAAGAUCCGACACAGCAUAAGAGUAUAUUCUCUUGAAUAUUCUUUGAAUAUUUCGCAAGUGAAAAAUCGAUUUAUUAACAUCACAGCUUUGUAUAAAAGAUAUGUUUCAUAUAAAAGUUACAAACUAUUUAAAAAUAAAAUAGUGCCAGAGAUAUCGGGACAAAAUCAAAACGCAAAGGAAUUAUAUGAAUAUAUCAUUUCUCAUAUUUAUUUUUCAAACUCUUGUUUCGAAAAAUAAUAUUGAUCUAAGUCUAUUGUUUUUACACGAUUUAUUAAAAUUGUUAUUUUUUAAUAAAUCGCUAAAAAAUUAUUUAAAUCGAUAACUCCCACACAAAAAUCGUUCAUCUGUUUGAAAAGAAAACGAAAUGUAAAAUAUUCAACAAACAUUGAAUAUACAUCUGAAUAUACGUAUGCUGUCGUCACAUAUUUGCGGGAUUACAAAUUCUCGUAGAUUGGUAAAAAAAAAAAAAAA